AUGAAAGCAUCAGUAUGGCUAACUCUAUUGGAGGCGAUUGCAAUUACUGCAGCGCCUCCUCGCAGGAGACAGAUUGAUAACCGGGAUACCAUUAUUACCAUAACCGACGUCGUAACUGACACUGUAACAGUAACAGUGACAGUGACAGUUUUCCCACAAGCACCCAACACUUCUCCGUCUCUACCAGCUAUCACUACAGCUCCAGAGAACCCUGUCCCUUCCGAAACCCAAAGUCUUGUUCUGGUCCCGAUUACUUUGAUCACAACUGGUGGAAUAUUCUUUGGCUCGGUCAGCACAUCGACUGUGACACCCAGUGUGCCAGUCAUUACAAGUUCAGCCAACUCUGGUACUGCCCAAAUCCUACCGACACUGAGUACUACAAAUCCGAACACAUCAGGAACGAUUAUUACAAGCCUGAACACCACUGGAAUCCCCACGUCAGCGCCUAUAAUCAGCACAUCAAUCUCGGCGCCCAGUACUACAAUCUCACCAACGGUUCCAGCGACUUCUGUCACCAGCUCAGUAGAGCCCGGAAUGCCUUCGCGAAACAUCUUCCAGCCGGUAGCAACUGAUGCGCCUCCCUCGGUCAUUGGAAGAAGAGCCGCCCAUCCUGUUCCGAGACUUGGUAUCCAACCACAAACUGCCCCCAUCGGCACCAACAAGUUCUAUAGUAAUUUCUUCCUCGGUAGUCAGACUGCUGCAACUUGGACUCAUCCAUACUCCAUCGCUUGGUCUCGGGGUAAUGGAGCUGCAGGAAGUUGGGGGAUGGCUAUCUCGCACAUUGACUAUGGCCAGAAAGUCUUCGGUCCUGCAAACCCCGCGAAAUAUUUCGUCAAUCCUAUUGGUAUUCAGUCUCUGAUAUUGUCGGCAACUGAGCUCGGAGGUUCUACUGCAAUCUCUAUGGAUUCACUUACUGCAUUCUCUGCAAAUGUGGAUCUGUCACCAAGUCCUGGAGUAGCUCCAGUCAUUACCUUCCCUCUAGUCCAAGGUAUGGGUUUUGUCACAGGGAUAUUUAAUGGCGCAACGCCUAUCUUGCAGACUGGUGUCUUCUUCCGUUCUCUCACUAAAUCGUCCAAGGACCCAAAGCCAGGUGUGACCAAAUACACCGUUCUUCUUGAAGAUGGCAAGACUUGGCUGUUGUACGCGUACUCGACAGAUGGAGCCGGACUCGAGUUCACAGUUGUGAACAACGGUCUCGCACAAGCUACUUCCAAUUUCAAUGGCUUCAUCCAGAUUGCGAAGAACCCAGGAAAUGCAGAAUCGUUGUAUGAUGCUGCCUGUGGAGCUUACGCCAAGAGCGCAACCAUUUCAGCAAGCACCAAUGGCUCCGUGGCUGCUUACACACUGUCCUUCACGAAGGCAGGGCUAGCAAACACAACCCUCGCUAUGUUUGCUCUUCCACAUCACACCCAGUCCAUGGCUCCUCAAACGUCCUCGAAGAUGACGGAUAUCACACUGGCUACAACCACCAAAGGCUUCGUCACCGCCAUUACCGCUGAUUCAUGGACUAUGGAGGAGAUUCUCCCUACGACUAUGGGCUUUGCGCCAUGGAGCCCGCAGGUUGGAUUCGAGAGAACCACGUUCACAUCUUCUGCUAUAGCUGCUAUUCGAUCGACAGCUGCAAGCGAAGUUUCACAAGACAUGAGUGCUCAGUCGAAUCUUGACUCUAUGUAUUUCAGCGGAAAGGCACUUGCAAAAUUCGCUGGAAUCGUGUAUACCCUUCACGACCUCGUCGGCGACAAGGCCCUCGCCCAAGCUGGUCUAUCCAACCUGAAAGAAGCAUUUGCGAGAUUCACAUCCAAUACCCAGGCUUUCCCUCUCGCAUAUGAGACUGCCUGGGGUGGUAUCGUAUCUACCGCAUCAUACGUUACCGGAGAUGCAGGCGUAGAUUUCGGAAAUACUUACUACAACGACCACCAUUUCCACUACGGAUACUUCAUCUACGCCGCCUCCAUAAUCGGUUACCUCGACCCAAAUUGGUUACCAGCAAACAAGGCCUGGGUCAAUGCCCUUGUCCGCGACAUAGCCAACCCCUCCUCCUCAGACCCUUUCUUCCCCGUCUCCCGCAGUUUCGAUUGGUUCCAUGGCCACAGCUGGGCGAAGGGUCUAUACGAAUCCUUCGAUGGGAAAGACCAGGAAUCGUCAUCGGAAGACAGCAUGUCCGCGUACGCACUCAAGAUGUGGGGUCGCACCAUCGGCGACGCCAAUCUCGAAGCUCGUGGAAACUUGCAGCUGGCCAUCACGGCACGCUCUUUACAGAAUUACUACCUGUACACGUCCGACAAUGAGAUCCAGCCUAAGAAUUUCAUCGGGAACAAAGUAGCUGGCAUCCUCUUUGAGAAUAAAAUCGAUCACACUACGUACUUCGGUACCAAUAUCGAGUUCAUCCAGGGGAUUCAUAUGUUGCCUCUCCUGCCUAGUUCGGCGUUAACACGAACGAGGACAUUUGUUCAGCAGGAGUGGGAUACAUACUUCUCGAAUGGCAGAGCGAAUGCUGCUGAAGGUGGAUGGAAGGGUGUCCUCUAUGCAAAUCUCGCUUUGAUAGAUCCGAAGGCGGCUUGGAGGUUUUUCAGCCAGGAGGGAUUCGAUGUUAGUUGGUUGGAUGGUGGCGCGAGUCGGACGUGGUAUUUGGCGCUUGCUGCUGGACUCGGUGGAGCUUAA